AUGGUGGACCGAGGCUUGGAUGUAAACAUAAACAACCCUUCUCCAAGUCAUCCUAAUGGGAAUACUGGACUUCACUGUAAGACGGUAAAUCGCUGUCAGAACUCGCGGGAGAAACCCCACAGGAAGAUUCGGCUGCUUUGGCAAGUCCUAGCAGCUUUUCAUUCAUCCUUAAAGAAAAAAGAACAAAACAAACCAUCAAUUGCCCUCUACAAAAAUCAGAGAUCAGCCGUGAAAACUAUCGAAUAUUGA